AUGCCAGCACAAACCGCCCUGGCUCAGGAGCAGGCUCGGGAGCAGACGAGAUCGCUCUUUGCUCACCAGCGCCACGCUCGGUUCUUCAACUUCCACAUCCGCAUGCUGCCAGUGCAGUACACGACAACCGACACCGUUCGUCUCGCGUUUGUGUUUUUCUGCAUCGCCGCGCUCGAUACGCUCGGCUGUCUCCCUUAUGAUGACAGUGAAGAGAAAGAAGAUAGGGAGUCCUACGGGCUGCCGAAAGUCUCGGAGGAGCAAUGCGCGGCCUGGCGCGACUGGAUCUACGACACAUGCCUACUACCCUCCCGCGACGCCUUCCGCUGCUCCCCCGCCCUCUCCACCGGCCCCUCCGCCGACACAGACACCCCAAACAUCUACGACCCCGGCCACGCCGCCGGAACCUACUUCGCCCUCGCGACGCUGCUCAUCCUGCGCGACGACUUUUCGCGCAUCGACCGCCCGGCAAUGAUGCGCUUCCUGUCCUCGUGCCAGCGCGCCGACGGCAGUUUCGCCACCGGCGUCCUGCUCGGCUCGAACGAGCACUUUGGCGAGCGCGAUCUCCGCUUCGGAUACUGCGCCGCGGCCGCGCGGUGGAUCAUCGGCGGCGACGAGAUCCCGGGCGCGGCGGAGUUUGAUCUCGAGGCUGCGCGGCGGUAUAUCGUCGCCGAGUGCGUCGCGUAUGAUGGAGGGAUUGGGAUGGGCGGGUUUACGGAGUCGCAUGGUGGGUUGUCGUACUGCGGCGUGGGAACGCUCGAGUUGCUUUCGCGGGGGAAGACGGCGCCGCGGGAGGCGGUCGCGGAGGCGAUGGGCGAGGAAGGGUUGCAGGAGUUGGUGCGGUGGUGCUUGAUGCAUCAGACUACGGUCGCGGACGAGCGCGAGGCUUUUACAGAUGAAGAGGAAAGUGAGAGCGAGGAUGAGGAUGAGGAUGAGGAUGGGUUGUCGCUGGCGGGGUUUAACGGCCGGUUCAAUAAACCCUCAGAUACAUGCUACUCCUUCUGGGUCGGCGGCACGCUCGCGAUGCUCCCCUCGCGCACGCACUCGACCACAAGCGCACUAACACUCUCAGACGUGCGCAGCAACGCCGCUUUCCUCCUGCAAAAAACACAAAACACGCUUCUAGGCGGCUUCGCAAAGUGUCCCGGCCGCUCGGUGCAGCCGGACGCGCUGCACGCGUUUUUCGGGAUCGCGGCGUUAGCGCUGAGCGCGGACGUCGCGCGCGAGGAGGUCGGGGUGGAGGAGAUGAAGAGGGAUGAGGUGUGGUGCGGGUUGUUGGGGUUGAAGGGGUUUGAUGGCGCGCUUUGUAUUCCUGCGGACGCGGUGCGGUAUGCGGAGGGGUUGAGGAGGGGGUGGAGGGAGGGGUAUGUUUAG